AUGAGCGCGAUUUGGUCUUCGAACUCAACAACCGAAUCAGUCAAUGCGACUGCAAAGCUUCACGAUACAGGAAAUCUGGUCUUGAUGGACCAAAAUGAGAAGGUUCUCUGGCAAAGUUUUGAUUACCCAACUCAACACUGGCUUCCUGGAAUGAAGAUAGGUAAUGAUUAUUCGAGGGGCAUCGAAUGGCACCUAUCAUCUUGGAAGAUUAGUCAACAUCCACUUGUAGGUGAGUUUACCUGGGGUGCUGAGAAUCAUGGGUAUCCGGAUUUCAAACUAAAACAAGGUUCUGUGGUCAAAAUGCGCGGCGAUGCAUGGAGAAAUCAACAGAUUAAAGGGAUUUCAUCAUUCAGCAGGAACUGGACUUUUACAUACAAAGUAAUUAUUCACGAAAAGGAGGUGUCUUUUAGUUAUAAUCAUGAUAACAGUUCUACCCUAUUUAGGAUUACCUUGAGUUCUUCUGGGAAACUAGAAAGUUGGGGCUGGGUAGAAGGUGCUAAGAAUUUGCAGCCUGGCCAGUCAUUACCUAAAGAUCUCUGUGAUACAUACAACAUUUGUGGUGCUUAUGGAAGUUGUGUCACUAAUAUGUUUGACCAGUCUUGUGCUUGCUUGGAUGAGACAAAAUUUGUGCCAAGAAACAAAAAGGGUUGGGAAAUGGCUGAUUGGUCAGAUGGUUGUGUUAGGCGAACACCGUUGUAUUGUAAAAAUGGGACAGAAACAUUCAUCAAAUAUUCUGCCAGACACACAUAG